AUGGACCCUCAAAAAUAUAAUGGAAAUAUUCAUCCAGACGAAUGGAUAAGCGAUCUUCAAACUUAUUUUAAUAUAAAACAAAACUUACAAGACUUGAUAAAUAUAAAUGCUGUUAAUAUAAAUAUUGUUAUAUCCUUAGUAGAUUCCACCAUUAAACUUCCAACUGGAAUUGAUAAUAUUGAAAAACUUCGUAAUGCACUUAAAGAAGAUAUUACCUUUACGGUAUUUAAGAAUACAAAUAAAAGAAAAUUACAAUCAUUAAAAUAUAAUCCUGAAAGAAAAGGUGGUGAUACUUCAAAUUUUAUUUCAACUUUUCGUAAAUUAUGUUAUAACGCUGAGAUUAAUGAUAUAGAAGAACAAAAAAAAUUUCUUUAUAAAUCACUUCCUAAUAAUCAUUUCAAUUACUAUGUUUCAAAUGAAUUUUUUGAGAAAAUGAAGAAUGUAAAUUCGAUUAAUGAAUUAGUUAAAAGAUUUGAAGAAAUUGUUUUAGAAGAAUCGAAUUUAAUUAGAAAUGGAUCUGUUGUAGCUUUAAAACAUGUUGCAACAGGAAAAUAUUUAAGUUCCAUUAAAAAUUUAUGUUAUACAACUGGAAGUCGGAAACAAUUGGAUAUAAAGCUUUUUGUAGGAAGUUCAGAGCCAGUUCCAAAUUCUUUAUGGAAAAUUGAAUUUGGUAAUGAAUUGGCUACUUAUGCGAAUAAUUCUAUAAAGUUACAACAUGUCUUGUCUCAUAAAUUUCUUGGAAUAUAUUAUUAUUAUUAUGACAAUACCAGUCGUUACUAUAUUGGAGAAUAUUCCAAAUCUCCGUCAACCAAUUAUACAGAAGUGAGUUGUUAUAAUAACACUGAUCACAGUCAUAGAUAUUGGAACGGAGAUUGGAUGUUUAAUCAUAGUAAAUUAGAAAAUCAUCAAGGGUUUUUAAAAUCAAAUGAUAUUAUUAAUCUUAAUAUUAAGAAAAUUUAUGCUAACAAUGAAGUUGAAUUUUUACGUAGUCAUGAUAUUCAAUUUACUAUUGGGAACGAUGUUUUCCAAGAAGUUGUUUGUCAUAAUGAAAGAUUAGGAGGAAAUGAUGAAUGGUGUAUUGAACUUAUUCACGAAGUUAAAAUUUUCUAAGCAACGUUUCCGAUACAUAUUUUGCCUUUAAGUUGUUCAAAUGGAUAGUACAUAUCUUUUAAAAAAGGCACUUUCCACAAAUAUGAAAUUGAUAAUGAAUUUCGACAUUAUAUAACAAAGUACGUUAAGACCGAAAAUUUAAUGUUUAAUUAUAACAAAAAAUUCAAG